UUUUAGCAGUCGGCGAUGAGAACACAGCCUCAAAAUGUACGCCAACCAACUCUUAGCCAAGCUACUUUGUGUGUUUAUAUCCAGCUCUUUCUGUGUUGCACAACCCAGAAGAACUAAUAUGAAUGAUACCUCCAAACAGUGGAUUAUAAAUUCCUCUACAAUCUUCCAAAAUUUGAUGAAGGAUUAUGAUCCAUCGAUUGCUCCAUUUACUCCAGAUAAGCCGGUACAGGUGGCACUCACACUUGAAAUCCUGGCUUUUGGUGAGGUGAAGGAAGCAAAAAUGGAAUACGGUCUAGAUUUAUAUUUCCUUCAAGCUUGGACAGAUAUCAGACUCGCUCAAGGUCAAGGUAGGAAUUUCGAAUUCAGUGGAAAUGACAUCAAGAAGAUCUGGACACCAGACACCUACUUUAUGAAUGCCAAGAAAACAGAGAUUAAAAACGUGAUGAAGGACAAUCAAAUGGUGUUCAUCAUGCCUAACGGAUUGGUAGUACAGAUGUCCAGGAUCACAUUAGACGUUGCUUGUCACAUGGAGCUGCAGAUGUAUCCAUUUGACAGACAGAAAUGUGAACUCAUUAUCGAGAGUUUUUCACUGACAGAAUCAAAGUUGAACUACAGCUGGGGAAACUUAGCAACGGAGAAAUGCGUUGUGGAUGUCUAUGAUGACGCCAUGGCUCAAUAUGAGUACAAAGGAGUGAAACUCAGCUAUAAACACAAGAAGAUAUCCUCUGCCGCUUUCUCCAACUUAUACGCCACGUUUGUAUUUGACCGCCGCACGUCAUAUACAGUUCUCCAAGUAUACGUUCCCAGCUACAUGAUUGUUCUUUUAUCAUUUAUGGCUUUGUGGAUACCUAAAGAUGCCGUGCCUGCCCGCGUGGCACUGGGGAUAACAACUGUACUUACUAUUGUGUACUUCUUGGGAACUGUCAAUAGCUCAAUGCCUCGUGUGUCUUACAUGAAAGCGAUCGACUGCCAUCUUUUUGUAUCGUUUGGUUUUGUGUUUGCCACCAUGUUGGAAUAUAUCAUUGUGCUGAACAUCUCCGACAGAAAGAAGAGGACGAUGUCUGCUGAUGAGAACUUUGAACUUGGACUACUAAACAAUCUCACAUCAGACGAUUCACCUCAAAAUAAACGAUACCAGGCAGGUGUACCAAAUGCUUGUUUCCGAUUGUUUUCCUGCAAAAACAAAAGAAAGAAAGGCAUGUACACUCCAUCCGUGAACGCAGUGGACAGAUACGCGCGGGUUCUGAUGCCAUCUGUGUAUGGAAUCUUUGUUCUCGUUUACUGGGUGAUCUGUGCGUUGCUGUCUCCUCAAAAAGAAUCAUUAGAUCUUUGUUAGGUUGGUACUCCUGCGAUGGGAAGAAUUCGCAGAAAACAUUUUCUGGCUUUGUCUCGGAAAAAUUCUCAUAAAAUGUGCUGAAUGGCUUUAAUUUUAAUUAAUUUAGUGAAAUACUACUGACGCAUUCUCAGAAAAAAAAGUAUCAACAAGCUUUAAACGCGGAGUUUAAAUUGUGCUUCCUUAUGUUUUGUUGGCAUUCCUGGACCAUUGUGUAAAAAAUACUUUUUAUGUGAUAGUUUUAUUGAGUCAAACUCUUUCCACAUUCAGCAAGGGGUAGGAGAGUUUUCUCUGAGAUAGAAAUGAUUAAGCGCUUGUAUAAGUUUUACCAAAGAGCCAUAGGGGACAUAGCAGGGGAAGGAGAAGGAAAGAAGAAUUACUACUCGGUCCUGUUUGAACGGGAAGUAGGUUACUUGAUUGAGAGAGGGUAUUUUACAAUUGGUCCAAAAGUAUUUCUCAAAGCCGGGAAACUAUUAUGUGCCGAUAAAUUUAGAAAGAAAUAAGUGUGUACCUUCGUAAUGCGUAAUGAUCUGCAAAGUCAACAAGAAACAAGGAACUGACAGACACCAAAACAGCGGUGAUUGUUCCCUUAAGAGCUCCGUAAAUUCAUAAAAAAUUUAAGAUCUAAAGCGACUGUUCCUAAAAAUAGUAGGGGACCAUUUCUCGUUUUGUAGAGAUCUCAAAUAAGUAAGAUGCGACUUUAUGUCAAAGGUUUUAUCGUGAAAUUUCAAUUUUUCAACUUUGUUGACUUACUUUACAGGUUUUGUAAUUGUUUAUGGUGAAAGCUGAGAAAAGCCUGGUGUAUCUGAGUUAGGAUUGAAACAUUACAAUAUGCUAUUUAGUGGUUUCUAGCGAGGGAAUAUGAAUAUAUCAUUAGGUUUGUAUGUUAGAUAUUCCGAUUAUCUUCUGCAUUUUUACCUUGUAAUACUUGUGUAGCACCAAUAUAAUUGCAGACCAUGUGCCGAUGACAUAAUAUGAGGUGUUUCAGUACAAAUUCUUAGAAUUGUUUUUGGUAAAAGCUGAGAAGAGCCCGCGAAUCGUAGCUAAUCGAACAUUCUCUUCUAGCAGCUAGUAACUGUUAUGAAUUUCAAUUCAAAACCUAACAGGAAGGUGAAAUGAUGUACGGAUGUUGUUAAUAUUAAAUAUAUCCAUCGAGGUCAAUAUCAAUUUUAAGCGUAAAAGUUGGAAAUCGUUUAACAAAGGAGUAAUAAAGAGAUUUUUCACCCUCUCUUGAGUACUCUUUUUUAUUCCUCUU